UCCUCGUCGGCAGGUGGCGCCAUGUCGCUGUCACUUCGGUGCCGCCAUUACAGCGGAAGCGGCCUUGUUAUUAGCCGAAAAGAUGCUAGAAUGCGACAGUAGAGAUCAACGACGAACACUCGACGCUAAGUUCCCUGCGUUAUCUUCUUUUACACCGAGGAUGCAUGAGGAGGCUGCGGACGAGGGGCAGGAGGAGACUUGGUUAAAAUUAAGGGGCGCUGGACUUGAAGAUGAGCCGAGACCUUUGUCAGGAAGCCGACAGCAGACGGAGGAGUCCGGCGAAGACGAGCUGAGCCGACUGGACGUCGAUCUGCACGCCAAGUCCAGGCGACACAACUUGACGUCCUGCAACGUGCGCGCCAUCCUGCACGAGGUGAUCACUCACGAGCGCGUGGUGGCCAUGAUGAAAGCUGCCAUCAGAGACACUCAGGACAUGCCCAUGUUUCAGGAGCCCAAGAUGACUCGCUCAAGAUUGAAGAGGGCCAUCCAGCAAGGACAGUGUCUCGACUGGAGUUUGUCUGCAGAGCAAAGUUCGCCGCCUCCUCAGUUUGUCGACAUCCAUCUUGACGCCGACGAAGACUCGUCCGACGAAGAGUACUGUCCUGAAGAUGAAGAUGAUGAUGAUGACACUGCUGAAGAGUCUUUCCUCAGUGACGGUGACAUGGUUUCGCCUCCCAAAGUUCAAGACUGUGACUCCAGCUCCCAGGGGCACUCGAGGGCCGCCGUCCUCGACCUCACAGAUGCCGCCGCUGGCCCCUCCUUCCUGGAACGCCUCAACGCUGUUGAGGAGGAGCUUGACUGUGGCCCCGCCUACACAUCUUUUUCGUCUCACAGGACUGACGAGGACGAGGAGAAGGAUGAAGGCUCCAGCAGUCUGGCAUUCCGCACACGGUCGAAACUUCGCCUGGUCAACGUCCCCCUGGAGCAGCUGGAGGCGGAGCUUCUGGCCCCCGACAUCACGGCCGACAUGUAUGAGCAAAGCCCUGCCCGCAAGGAGGAAGACCGCCAUUGGACGCGCUGGCUGCACGGACUAGUGGCGCCCGACAACGGAGAGGAAGUCGAUGACGACGACGACCCGGAGUAUAACUUCUUGGACGACCUGGAUGAACCCGACCUGGAGGACUACAGGACAGACCGGGCCGUUCAGAUCACCAAGCGAGAGGUCAACGAGCUGCUGGAGGAGCUCUUCGACAGGCUCCAGGAUCAAGAACCAGCUGAUGAUGAGGAGGAGGAGGAGGAGGAGGAGGAGGAGGAAGAGGGGCAUCCAGCUGAGGGGGAGGAGCAAGAGGCCGGCCCCAAAUUCAAUGUCCCUCAGGCUUUGUGCUUCAAACCACCUUUAGCCGGCAUGCUAACGGAGCGGCGGCGAGCGGUGCGACAACAAUUUCAAGCCGUGCAGCACAGGAGAGCCCUGCAGGACACCACCAACCAUCCCGCUGACAAGACUGCCGCGCCGCCUGCACCCCCACACGCUACAUGGCUGCUUCGUGGUCCACUAUGCCCCGCCUUGCAGCUGGACUGCGCCCACAAACUGCAACUGCAACAGCAAAUCCAGCAGCACGUGCAGCUUCUGACGGAAGUUCAUCUGCUGAGUUGCGGCAUCGGCGGCCUAGAACACGAAGCGUCCGUUACCAAACACUUCCUUGAGGAGCUGCAGUGUUUUGCCGUGCGGCAGGAACAGCUCUUCUGCGUCUCAUCUUUCCGGGCGUGCAACCUGCAGGGGGCGCUGGAGCUUCUUCAGGAGAGCGAGCGCAGAUUGGACCUUCCUCCUCCUCCGCCCCGCGUUUCCAGGCGCUGGCUCCCCGUCAUGUCGUCCUCCACCAACAGCCACGCCUUCCCCGUACUGCCCUCCGACACCGCCUGGCUGCUUGCCACACGACCGGUCUUCCUCUACCCAGAACUUCUUCCUGUUUGCAGCCUGGACCCUUCCCAACACACGCGACCCCAUCGCAGUCUUUUUACUGUAGGAGAGGACGGGCUGAUUGUUUUAGGUCUGAAGCACUUCGAGGGGGCCAUCCAGCCAGUGCAAUUGAUCAGCUCCUACAUGGUCUGUAAGAGUGCGUGGCACUUGACAAAACACAUCCGAGAGAUGAGCGGCUCCAGAGCGCCGCGCCAAAACAUCCUCAAGGUACACACAAGUCGGCUUUCCUGCCCGUUGCAGAUGUUCCUUGCGCAGCGGCUCGUCACCGCCCCGCCACUGGCCUGUGCGAGAGUGCAACCAGAGGACCAGCGCCCCCCAGUGGAGAGAGACCCCUCCAUCAUGCCCAUCUGGCUCAAGAACAGCCGAGAGAUCAUCUGGAAGACACAAGCGAACACCUCUGCUCCGUGCUACCCUCGCUUCCCUCCCAGAGGCUGCAACCUUCGACUUCACCCCUCCCGCCUCAAAAAGUCCUUACGCCAGCCCGGCCCCUCCCAGAGACGUCUUUUCACCCUGGCCCAUAAUGCAUCUCUGCACCCCAUCUGCCCGGCCGAAAGAAAGGCGGACUUUCUCCGUUCCUCUCGGCCCGAAGUCUCCGCGACGAGUCCUGCGGUGCCUCGCUCGGUCGCUCCGCUCCAACCCGGCUACAUCCUCCUUCAAAGUGAUGCUACGUCGCAACUUCCGCCCACUGCUGAGUCGCAACCCGAACCCGUCCCGGACGGACCCGACGCGCGCUAUGAAAACACGUCAUUGUGUCAACAGGCUGGACGCCACUGGACCAAUGCAGAGGAGAAGGGACAAGGAGAGGAAGAUGAUCAGGCAGGAGGAAAGGGAGGACAAGAAGAGGGAGUGGGGCAGGCAGGAGGAAAGGAAGGACAAGGAGAGGAAGAGGAGCAGGCAGAAGAAGGACAAGGGGAGGAAGAGGAGCAGGAAGAAGAAGGACAAGGGGAGGAAGAGGAAGAGGAGCAGGCAGGAGGAGAGGAAGGACAGGGAGAGGAAGAGGAGCAGGCAGAAGAAGGACAAGGGGAGGAAGAGGAGCCAGGAGACGGAGAGAAGGAUGACGAUCAAGAAAGGCAAGAGGAGGAGGAGGAUGAAGACUUUGAUGAGCUCACGCAGGACGAAGACGAGGAGGAGGCGUUGUCGUCGGCGUCUGAGGAGUCUCUUCUGUCCAUCCCGGAGCUGCAGGAGACCAUGAAGCAGCUGGCCCGGCUGGCGUCCAAGAGGAGGCUCGGCGCCGACGCGGAGUCUGAGGAAGACCACUCGCCGACCUCGCCGGGUUCGCAAGAGGAAGAGGAGGAGGAGGAAGAGGCACCCAAAGGAGACCGGCCCGGCAGGAAGACGACGACGAUGACGACGACGGAAGACGACGACGGCGCAAACGCCUGCGAGGAGGAAACACCCCGAACAGGACGAAGAGGAGGAGGGAUACGAGGAAGAGGUCAACAGAGUCGACCUCUUCGAGGGGCGCGUCGAGCUCGGCAAGAGCGUCCCGGUAAAGACGAGAGGAAAGUGAGUCUGCUCUACGAUGAAAACAUGCUGGAGAACGACCCUCAGCGUCACAGCAAGGAUGUGGCCUUCGCUCACAGCUACCUCAACAGGGUUCGGGAGGCAUUGCACGACGUCCCGGAGAAGAUGGAGGAGUUUGCGUCUCUGCUGAACGACCUCGAGCGGCUCGAAGGACAGGAAGUUGUCCGUGUCUUCGGGAAGCUGCGCUGUAUCCUGGGAAACCGAACAGAAUUAACGCAGGACUUCGCUGCCUUCCUGCAUCCCGAGCAGGCGCUCGAGUGCGGCCUGUUUCAAGAGCAACAGGCCUUUGAGCGCAGUCGGCGUUUCUUGCGACAACUGGAGAUCACGUUCGGAGAUAAUCCGUCUCACUACAACAAGAUCAUCAAGGCUCUGCAGCCCGGACCGCACCUCACCCCCGCCAGCAUCAACGAGCUCAAAGCCCAAAUGGCCCUCCUGCUCAAAGGACACCCUCAUCUGCAAGCUGAAUUCUGGGUGUUUUUCGACGAGCUCCGCCCACCGCCGGCUCGCCCGGGACAGUUUGAGGAAGCUCAUUGGCCGGAGGAGGGUGGAAUCCGCUCUGAGGUAGGGGAGGGCGGAGGCUAUCUGACGGGAGGCGUGGCCAAUGGCGCCUUCGAGGAAGUCACCUUACCGGACGAGGACGAGCACAAGAUGGACACCGCCAUGAACCGGCGUCUGAGGAAGCUGCGCUCCCGCUCGGCUGACAAGGGAUCCGAUUGGCUGUGCCUCUGUCAAGACUCCAAGAGCCGCACGCACCGUCGGAGAGGAUGCGCUCGCUGCCACGGCAACAAGGGCUCAGGGGGCGCGUCCAGAGCCAUGAAGAGUCUGGACCCGCUCUACGCUCAGAUAGGCUCUGCCUCGGAAGACAAGGAUGGCGAUGUGAAGGUCGCAGACUUCGCGCGUCCUGUCGCGCCGUCGUGGGAACGCUCGUUCCCGUCGGCCGCCGACGAAGGCGACAAGAUGUCGCCGCCUCCCAAGAGGAAAAGAGAGGAGGAGCUCCACCCCCCGCCCAUCCCUCCCUGCGCGGCCCCCGCACCUUCGGAUCUGCCCGUGUGCGCCAAGAACAUUUCACUGACGCCCAGCGGAGAGAAGGUCAUCCUCUGGACCAGGGACGCGGAUCGGGUCAUUUUGACAACGUGCCGGCAGGAGGGAGCCAAUCAGAACACCUUCCAGGGCAUCUCCGGUCUGCUUGGCAACAAGACUCCCGCUGAGGUUUCUCGCCGCUUUCGGGAUUUAAUGCGUCUUUUCCAGAGCGCGGCCCGUCAGGCCGGCUCGGAGGAUGAAGCUCCGCCCUCUGAGCUUGACGCCAAUGAAGAACUGGACUGACGUUUGGCUCUUUUCACCAUUUGGUGGUGUAUUGUGGAUAAGUGCUGUGUGCUCACUAUUUAAAUGUUUUAUAAGAAUUAAAAAGCGUAAAAUCGCCA